AUGUCCAGAGAUGACUCAGACCUGGGGCACAACACGGCUCUGUGCUCCAUGGAACACGUCAGCCAAAACCCAGGUCCCUGUGGCAGCUGGUUCAUCACAUCUCAGCGAAACCACACGUCUUCAAGGGGCAUCCAGUGGCUUCCAGGGGCCCUGGCAGUUGGGAUGGUCACAGUAGAUCACAAACUCCAAGCUUUAGAAGCACAGUUCAAAGAACUGGACUCCACCAAGGAUAACCUAACACAGAAAUUUGAACAACACAGCAAGACUUUGGCAAGCCAGGCAGCCCAAGAUGAGAUAUGGAUAGCAGUUCUAGCACUUAAGUUCACUUCAAUGGAACUGAAUAUUUUAUACAGCUACAUCGUUGAAGUACUCAUUUGCUUGCACACUCAUGUGCUUGAAAAGUUGCCAGAUCUUGUGAGAGGUCUUCCCACCUUAGCUUCUGUCCUUAGACAAAAAGUCAAGAACAAGUGCAUUAGAGUUGUCUGGGAGUCUGUCCUGGAGGAGUUUGGGCUGCAAGAAGGAGAUAUCAUAGCACUUCGUACUUUUUUUAUUGCACAUGGUAACAAAGCAGAACACUAUUCUGCUAAAGUGAGACAGAUGUACAUCAGGGAUGUCACUUUCAUGAUCACUAAUAUGUUAAAGAACCAGGCUCUGCAGGAUGGUUUGCUGAGAGCUGUUCAAGUAAUUGAGAAGGGGAAAGCAGUCAGGGCCUCCAAAGAACAAAAGUCAUCCUUAAAAGAGUUAAUACUAUCAGUCAAAAACUAA